ACCAAUGUAAUGUAAAAUGUUUGAUAUUUGAUAAUUAUUGAUAAAUACUAAAUAGUAAUAAAUAAUAAUAAUUUAUUUGAAAACGUGCAACUUAGUAAUUACUAAAUAUUAGUACUUUAGUAGUAAGUUAAGAGAUUUACAAAAUGGCAGCCGAAGAAUUAUCGAAAAAGUUCCAAACAGAACUGGAUGCUUUUAAACAAUGUCAAAAAGAAAUUCAUCAAUUAACAGGAAUGCGUCAACAAUUGGAUGGUCAACUAAAUGAAAACUCAAUUGUCAAAGAAGAGUUAGCUCUUUUAAAACCUUCAGGUGAAGUAUAUAAAAUGGUUGGCCCUAUAUUACUACGUCAAGACCACACAGAAGCCAAGGAAAAUAUUGACAAACGUAUGAGUUAUAUUAAAAAUGAACUACAAAGAAUUGAUGACCGGAUUCACACAUUAGAGGGAACACAAGACGAAUAUAGGGAGUCACUUACUAAAAUACAACAACAGUUUCAAGCCCAACAAAUUAAAAAAUGAUUUAUGUUAUCAAUCAUUUCAAAUCAACUGAUGAAAAAUUAUGCUACUAAACUAUUUAGUGUGCCUAAUUCAUUAAAUUUUUAAUAAUUUCAAAAUAUUUUCAUAAGUAAUAAUACUAAUAAUGUAUUAACAUGUAUUCAUAUAUCCAUGAACCUAAACAAAUAGAUUAUUUAAUUUACUAAUAAAUAAAUAUUUGUCCAAUAAUAAUUUAUUUUUUAUGUUAAUUAUCAAUAAGUAACUUGUUAGGUAAUAAUACAAAGUUGUUGGACAUUAAAGUAAUAUAUAUUUAAGUGAAAAUUAUA